GUUCGCUGUGAAAACAACAAUAAUUAUUAAAAUAUAUUGAUCCCGAUGUUGGUCGUAGAUUUGUGCAAAUGUAGUUUUCAUGCUUAUGAGGAGAGAAUACCGGGAGGAAAGUCGUGGAUACCGAAGAAAGCUUCAACAACGUUUGAAGCUUUCGAGGUCGCAUUCAUGGAACUAUGAACCUGGACUCGUUAUCUUUUACUUUGUCACAAAUAAGUUAUUUGGUUGCUAAUUUGAAUAAGAAAAAUUAUCGUGGCAGUGCCGAGGAGAUAACAUUCCUGGUACGUUGGAAAGGUCUUGAGGCGGACAGACACUUGCUGCGCUGUUUGUUCUCUUACGUUGACUUUUCAACUGGUGAGCCACCCAGCACUAGCUCCAAGGACUAUUACCAAGUGCAACUGCUGAAACAGGAGUGCAAUAAUCACCUGGGGAAGCCACUGCUGAUAUCUAACCUCACAUACGCAAUCGAUCAUCCACUGCAUCAGCAGAAAACAUUGACACCAUCGCCAAAGUUUUUUCACAAUCUUCGUCGAGUGUUGAAUCUGACACUAGUUCAGCAGGUGGUCGUUACCCUGACCCUUCGUCACUCAUCAUCAUCAGAGCUACGUCAGCUUGCCCUCGAGGAUCUCCGCAAGAAUCUCCCAGAGUUAAUAAAAAACUAUACAAACACAGAGAAUCCCAGCAAGCAGCAGGAAGAGGGUCUCCACGACUCGUCCCCCGAAGUCCUCCACCUGAUCCUCUCCCAGGCCCUAGAUCCCAACAACAGCUUCAAUCUUCCCCCGGACUCGGUGGAGAAAUUCCUGAAAAAUCUGCGUCGUGAUUUUCCUCGAGAGCUUGUACCAGUGGUGCUAGCACCACUCAUCUAUCCAAACGAGGGGGAACUCUAUCCCAAUAUCCAGAGCAAUUUCGUUAUGGCUGGGAGUCAGAUGGACAGUAGUUCACUGGUUGAGCUCAUAAUGGAGUUGGGUUAUGGAUUUACAGCGAGUGUUGAGGAGUGCCGAGCAGCUCUGGCGAAUCUUGGAGCUAGGGAGAUAUCACCACUGGCUGCUGCCAGAGUUCUAGCUCAUAUGGCGAGAACCUGCACUGGUCUUGAGGAUGCUGGGGGCCUUCAGGCAUUCUGGGGCAACACAUCAGCCAAUUCAGACUCAAACAAGGACAAAUCCUCGGACGGCAGCACCACCCCUACCACCUGGAACGUCGAAGUUUUUAUUCAAACCCUCAAGGAUAUCCAGUCAACUCUCUCCUGGAGCGAAGUAAUCGUCAAACUGGAUCACUUGGAGUUUCACAUAAAGGAUCGGCAGGGUCUGAAUCUUCUCAUCACAGGUCUUCGCCUGGGACUCCAGCAUCAGGGUUAUCCCCUGGACAUGUUUCCAGUGGAGCUGUUCUACAGACACUGGGACAAUAUCGAGGGACAGUUCUCACUGAUCCAGCAGAUCCUCAAGAGUCCAGACAUCUUCUGCUUCGCUGAUUAUCCUUAUCACCAGGUAACAGUGGAUGUCCUGAAGUCAAUACCCGAGGGGGACAGCAAAGAGGCCAAAACCUGGAACUCUCUCAAUGUCGUCGAACUUCUUCUGCACAUGGCUGAGAGGGGCCUCUAUGGCCCUGUCCAGGAGAUAUUCAAGUGGCCAAUUCAACACUGCCCUGACGUUCUCAUUCUCGCUCUACUCCAGAUCAGUCCACCCCUAACGAUUCUCAGGCAAGAGCUACUCACCACCCUCAUGCCCAUUUUUCUGGGAAAUCAUCCCAAUUCAGCGGUUAUUCUUCAUCACGCCUGGCACGCCAAUAAUACCAAAAUAAAAACGAUUAUCAUGCACUCGAUGGCAGAGUGGUACCUGCGAGGGGAUCACGAUCAGACGAGACUCUCCAGAAUUUUGGACGUCGCUCAGGACUUGAAAGCACUAUCGACUCUCCUGAAUGCCCAAUCUUUUCCCUUCAUGAUUGAUCUCGCAUGUUUAGCCUCACGAAGAGAAUAUCUCAAGCUGGAGAAAUGGUUGACUGAUAAAAUUCGAGACCAUGGCGAGGCUUUUGUAGCUGUGACCGUCAAGUUCCUCCAGAGGAGGUGCCCUCAGGUGAUGGGGGCCGGCAUGAAGGAGGAUUCGAGUCUGCCGAAGGCCAGUCAACUCCCUCAGGAGACAUUGACAACGAUUUUAGCGUGCCUUCAGGGUUGCGCUGGCAGUGUCUCCCCGGAGUGCUCAGAAACCAUAAUGACGAUGGUGCAGAAUUGCAGUCUGAUGCUGCAAAAAGGAACGAUGAAUAGACCUCCACCACCUGGAGUCCUUCGUCACCCAGUUCUCGACGCCUUUAAUCCAGCAAAACUGGCUAAUCCCCUGUUCUCAUCGAAACCAGUGGAUAAUAUUGGGAAUAUCAGCUCCAGUUUGGCAUCAAUGGGAAUAGCCCCCACUUCAUCCACGUUUAAUCUUCCUGGCGCCCUUGGGCCCCUGGUUUCAGCCCCAGGAUCACCAUCACGACUGAUGGGUCCCUCGCCAAAUCAAUUUCCAAUGCUACCAAUUUCCUCUCAACUUCACUCAGGCCCUGUGGGUACUCAGGGGCCCUCUGUUCUCCCAGGAGGCUCGACAAUAGGUGGACUAGGUCGUUUGGUUCCCCCCACUGGCAUCGAAAAAACAAGAAUUCCAGACUUCUCCAAUCUCUUUCCAGACGUUUCACAAAAUGUUUCGAAGGAGAUCGAGGACGAGGCCAACAGCUACUUCCAGAGGAUUUACAAUCAUCCCCCUCAUCCUACCCUAUCCAUCGACGAGGUUCUCGAUAUGCUGAAGAAGUUCCAGGAUGCUGGAACGAAGAGAGAACGAGAGGUGUUCCAUUGCAUGCUGAGAAAUCUUUUUGAGGAGUACAAAUUCUUCCCGCAGUAUCCCGACAAAGAGCUUCAUAUAACAGCUGAAUUGUUCGGUGGAAUAAUCGAACGAGGACUUGUCAACAGUUACGUGACCCUUGGACUAGCCCUGAGAUUUGUCCUGGAUGCCCUGAGGAAGUCUGAGGGCAGUAAAAUGUAUUACUUCGGAGUGGUGGCCCUCGACAGGUUCAAGGGACGCCUCAAGGAUUACCAGACGUAUUGCGAGCACGUGAGAACGAUUCAGCACUUUUCAGAAUUCCCAGCCCAUCUGAUUGAGUACAUAGAGUACGGCCUCCAGGGACAAGAGCCACCGCACAAGCCACAGGGGCCAGUACUCCCCAAGAAUUUGGCGGCUCUUUUGGCGCCAGUGACAACUCAACCCCCUUACAAGACAAUCACCACCACAACAAUAACCACGAGCACCACACAAGUCCAGGUUAAAUCCACAACGACAGCUACAACUUCAUUGUCAGCUAGACCAUCAAUAGCCAAUGCCACGAAUAUUGACACUCUUCUAGUUGCCACUGACAAGGAGGAGAAGAUAACGUGUCCCCCUGAGACUCUUCAGGACAAAACUGCCUUCAUCUUCAAUAACCUGAGUCAACUGAAUCUUCAACAGAAGUGCGACGAGAUCAGGGAAAUCGUUACCGAGGAGUACUGGCCCUGGAUGGCGCAGUAUCUCGUGAUGAAGCGAGCCAGCAUCGAGCUAAAUUUUCACGCACUGUACUCCAACUUUCUGGACUGCCUCAAAGCUCCAGAGAUCAAUAAAAUGGUCACCAGGGAGACCUUCAGAAAUAUCAAGGUGCUGCUGAGGAGUGACAAGGGGAUUGCCAAUUUCUCUGAUCGUUCACUCCUGAAAAACCUGGGACACUGGCUGGGAAUGCUGACUCUAGGUCGAAAUAAACCAAUUCUCCAGGUGGAUAUAGACUUGAAGAGCCUCCUCGUCGAGGCAUACCACAAGGGCCAGCAGGAGCUCCUCUACGUCGUACCAUUCGUCGCCAAAGUCCUGGAGAGCUGUGCCAAGAGUCGAGUGUUUCGACCCCCGAAUCCCUGGACAAUAGCGAUAAUGAAUGUUCUCGCAGAGCUCCAUCAAGAGCCCGAUCUCAAACUCAACUUAAAAUUUGAAAUCGAGGUACUGUGCAAGAAUUUGAGUAUCGAUGUGGCUGAGCUGAACCCAGCGGUUUACCUGAAGGACCCAGACAAGCUGAGAAAUCUCGAGUAUCAAUUGUCCCAGCCAAAUAAAAAAGCAGAGGCACCGACUAACCAACAGCCUCAGGCAGGCCCCAUGGAGGAACUUGGGGGCUCGACACAAGCUCCAGGAACAAUAUCCCAGCCAUCACAACCAGCUAAUACAACUCCAUCAUUGCCCACAGGACCCCCAGAGCCGCGAUUCAACUACAUGGACAUCAGUGUCACCAAUAUCUCCAACAUAGCCCAACAUAUGACGAUAAAUAAUCAGCUGCCACUGUUCCAGACACAUCCACACCUGAAGCAAUUUGUAAGACCAGCUGUAGAACGAGCAAUUCAGGAAUGGAUUCACCCAGUGGUUGAUCGUUCCAUUAAAAUAGCCCUGACCACCAGCGAACAAAUAGUACGUAAGGAUUUUGCACUGGACCCCGAAGAAGUGAGAAUGCGCUCUGCUGCGAGGCACAUGGUGAGAAAUUUGACAGCUGGAAUGGCAAUGAUCACCUGCAGGGAUCAAAUUCUCGCGUCGAUCAGUACAAAUCUGAAGAAUGCAUUUUUAACAGCGAUGGGCUCGACACCCCAGCAGAAAGAAGUCGCUGAACAGGCAGCUAAUGUCGUUGCUGCUGAUAAUAUGGAGUUGGCAUGCGCUUUUGUCCAGAAGACAGCUAUUGAGAAGGCGAUGCCUGAGAUGGACAAGAGAUUGUUGAAUGAAAUAGAGCUGAGAAAGAUAGCCAGACAGGAGGGGAGAAGAUAUUGUGAUCCUCUGGCUAAAUAUCAGGCUGAGAGAAUGCCUGAACAAAUAAGAUUGAAAGCUGGAGGUGUAACACCCCAGCAAAUGGCAGUCUACGAGGAAUUCGCCAGGAAUAUUCCAGGAUUUCUUCCACUAUCCGAGAGAGACACUCAAGCUCUGUUUAUCCCGAAACCGAUAGCCGAGCCGACGGUUCAGGCGUCUUUUCCAACUAAUCCAGCAGGUGUUGCUAUUGCAACACCUCAGCAAGUUGCCGUCUAUGCAACAGUCAACAACGAUGAGAUUGGCUCGAUGCUGGAGAAACUCGCUGGAGAAGUUGAGCUAUUGAUAUCUGCGAUGGGACCUGCAGUACCACCUCCUCAUCAUGCAUCACUCCACAGUCUCCUGGAGUCUGUUAUCUUGACGAGAAGAUCGAGAGACGCUGGGGCUGCAAUGGCAUUACUGAAAAAAGCUGUUGAGGGACUGCUGGAUGGUCCGACAAUAUCCAGUGGAGUAAUCGAUGGGGAGAUAAUCCUGAGAUGUCGAGAGGUGCAUCUGAGAAUUCUCAAGUGUCUUCAGGAUCCCAGAGCCUAUGGUAUGCAGUGGACCAACAAACACUCCACAAGAUGCCUGACAGAAUGCAGAGAUGAAUUUAGAUACAACUUUGAGGCUGUCGACUGUCUGAUAAGAUCUCACCUGGUGAGCUUUCCACAGUUUGAUAUCGCUCUGGCUCAGGCUAUGGAUGCAGGCAAUGCCAUGGCCACUGCUUUUGCAAUGCAGCUUGUACAGAUGUACCUCAUCGAUGAACGACAGACAACACACGUCACGGAGUCUGAUCUCUACAACACCAUUGAAAUUCUCGGAAGGAUGAUUCAGCACCGAGCACCACCAGAAGGCAUCUCUCUUUUCAGAUUAACAAACCUCAUCGAGUCCCUUCGAGCGAAUCAGGAUCCCGGGGUACUCGCUGAUCGACCAUCAGCCGGCCCCACCGCUCACAUUCACUCUGGAAUUCUCCAGGUCCGGGCCCGGGACUUUGACGAUCCCCCAGGAUUCAUGGAGAAGACUGAGUAUCUCCUCAGGGAAUGGGUGCAGAUGCAUCACUCACCAACUCACGCACGUGAUCCCACAAAAGCCUUUGGUAUUUUCGUUCACCAGAUGAAUAUCCAUGGAAUCCUCAAAACUGAUGAUCUCAUCACGAGAUUUUUCAAACUCAGCACUCAGAUGUGUGUCGAUCUGUGUUACAGAGCGCUCGCUGAGACAAACGUGGCACCAUCAGUCAUUAGAGCCAAAUGUUUUCACUCACUCGAUGCUUUUGUACGUCUAGUGGCUCUUCUUGUUAAACACUCUGGUGACACAACCAAUACCCACACCAAGAUCAAUCUUUUGAAUAAAGUCCUGGGUAUCGUGGCUGGAGUUCUCCUCCAGGAUCACGAGCUGAGAACAACAGACUUCCAACAGCUUCCCUACCACAGAAUCUUCAUAAUGCUGUUUUUGGAGCUUUGUGCACCCGAGCCUGUCCUCGAGGCUGUCAAUUUCCAAGUGCUCACAGCUUACUGUCACACCCUUCACAUUCUGCGACCUGCCAAAGCCCCAGGUUUCUGCUACGCUUGGUUGGAACUCGUGUCCCACAGAGUCUUCAUUGGCCGAAUGCUGGCAAUAACACCUCAGCAAAAGGGCUGGGGUCCCUACGCCCAAUUGCUCAUUGAUCUCUUCAAGUACCUCGCACCAUAUCUGAGGAAUGCAGAACUCGCGAAACCCGUGACUCUCCUCUAUAAAGGAACACUUCGAGUUCUCCUGGUGCUGUUACACGACUUCCCAGAGUUCCUCUGCGAUUAUCAUUAUGGAUUCUGCGACGUCAUUCCCCCGAACUGCAUUCAGAUGAGGAAUCUGAUACUCAGUGCUUUUCCCAGGAACAUGAGACUGCCUGAUCCUUUCACUCCUAAUUUAAAGGUGGAUAUGCUCCAGGAGAUCGCCCAUGCCCCAAGGGUAUUGACGAAUUUUGCAUCGAUGAUUCAACCGUUGAGUUUCAAAAAGGAGUUGGAUUCUUAUCUGAAAGCCAGGGCUCCUGUCACUUUCUUGUCUGAAUUGAGGAGCAAUCUCCAGGUGUCCCAGGAGCCUGGCAUGAGAUACAAUAUUCUUCUGAUGAAUGCUCUGGUGCUGUACGUGGGAACUCAGGCAAUUGCAUUCAUCAGGAACAAGGGACACACACCCAAUAUGUCGACUAUUGCUCACUCAGCCCACAUGGAUAUCUUCCAAAAUCUUGCGGUUGAUCUCGACACCGAGGGACGAUAUCUAUUCCUCAAUGCUAUUGCUAAUCAGCUGAGAUAUCCCAAUAGUCAUACGCAUUAUUUCAGUUGUACUCUCCUGUAUUUAUUCGCCGAGGCCAAUACUGAAGCCAUUCAGGAGCAAAUAACUAGAGUUCUCUUGGAGAGACUCAUUGUUAAUAGACCUCAUCCCUGGGGACUACUCAUUACCUUCAUUGAACUUAUUAAGAAUAGGAAUUAUAAGUUCUGGGAUCAUGAGUUCGUGCAUUGCGCACCUGAAAUUGAAAAAUUAUUCGAAUCAGUGGCAAGAUCCUGCAUGGUCCAGAAACAAGUUCAGCCAACACCAGAGCCGGAGAUGCCCGAGUGAUAAGACGUUUUUACAUUAGUUAUUUUUCAUUUGCACUCAAUUUCCCCUUCUUUCCAUGUACAGUUAAAAGAAUUGGUACAUAAUUAAUCACAUGUAAAAAUACUUAGGUGUAUUAUAUUUUCUGGGGCUAAGAUACAUUUUCAUUUCGUUUUAUUUUUUUUUUUCCUUAUUGUUUAUUGGAAUUUUGUUCCCCCGAUUUUAUUCGGAUGAAAUAAUGAAUCAUAAAACUAUCCGUUAGAUCUACUUGAUGAAUAUAGUGAUCGAUUAGAUAAAUAAGGUAAUGAUACAAUUGAUAUGUUAAUAUUUUAAUAAAAACGUCUCUGUAACUGUACAAAAAGUCUGUUAAAGAUGGUAUUGGUACAGAUAGAGUUAUAAUUAUCCCUGAGGGGAGUGAGUGAGCCAAUGAAUGAAAUAGCUGAUAAUGGGAGCAUUUUAUAUUGCAAGUAUAUUUGGGUACAAAAUAUCACAAAAUUAUAGUUGACAAUACUAAUCUCUACGAAGAUAAUGGAUUACAGCGAUGUAUAAAUAACAAAGAAUGGUGUUCAAUAGAGUGUACAUUGAUAGUGAUAAAAUAUCAUCUUAUUUUUCUUUUUCUCUUAUAGAUUAAUUGAUUACUUCUGGAGGAAGUUUCAUGUAUUUACUUGCAAUAAACUGCACAAUUUACUAAA